AUGGAUUUCGUUCGUAAGGCUGAAGAGGCCUUGACUGGCAAGAACAAGGACACCAAGGAGUCGACUCAGUCCGCCAACCAUGGCCCUCACUCAUCCAAGCUAGCCAACAAGCUUGAUCCCCGUGUUGACAGUGACCGCGACAACCGUGCUGCCCACACUGAUGCCCACCACACUGGUGUUACUGGAACUACCGGCGCUACUGGAACUACCACUGGUACUACAGACACUACUACCGGAAACACUGGCACUGUCCACAAGUCCAGCAUUGCCAACAAGCUCGACCCCCGCGUUGACGCUGAUGCCGCCAACCGCACCAAUGUUACUUCCACCAGCUCAACUGGAACUCACGGUGUGAACACUACCCACGGUACUCACGGCACUGCCGGAACUACUGGCCUGACCGGUACUGGUACUCACGGCACCCACACCCACGGCAGCACCAAUGCCGGCCCUCACGACUCCAACAUUGCUAACAAGGCUGACCCCCGCGUCGACUCUGACCGCGAUGGCCGUGCUAAGCACGAUACCUUUGGCACCACCGGCACUACUGGUACCACCGGCUCCUCUGGUCUGACUGGCUCCCACGGCACCACUGGCCUGACCGGCACUGGUACUCACGGCACCCACACCCACGGCAGCACUAACGUCGGCCCUCACGACUCCAACAUCGCCAACAAGGCUGAUCCCCGCGUCGACUCUGACCGUGACGGCCGUGCUAAGCAUGAUGCCCUUGAUUCCACUCACGGAACUUCUGGUUUGGCUGGUACUCACGGUACUGGCACCACCCACGGCACUUCCGGCAUGACUAGCACCCACGGUGCUCACAACACCUCUGGAACCGGCGCUACCGCUGGCCUGGCUGGCACCCACGCUGCCACCGGCACUGCCCACACCGGCAGCACCAACGUCGGCCCCCACGACUCCAACAUUGCCAACAAGCUUGACCCCCGCGUCGACUCAGACCGUGAUGGCCGUGCUAAGCAUGAUGCCUUUGGCACUACUGGUACUACUGGUACUACCGGUGCCUCUGGUCUGACUGGCUCCCACGGCACCACUGGCCUGACCGGUACUGGUGCCCACGGCAGCACCAACGUUGGCCCCCACGACUCCAACAUCGCCAACAAGGCUGAUCCCCGUGUCGACUCGGACCUCGAUAACCGUGCUCAGCACCAGUCGCACUCUGUCGCUGGCACUGGCCUUGGAAGCAACACCCACGGCACUCACUCUCACACUUCUGGCCUUCAGCCUGAGUUGCACGGUACUACUGGCACCACUGGAACUACUAGCUCUGGUCUGACUGGUUCCGGUCUGGAUUCUCGUACCCACGGUGCUCCUGCUGGUAGUUCUUACACUACCUCUGGUACUACUGGUGGUCUUGGCUCUACUGGCCUUGGCUCUACUGGUACUACUGGUACUACUACUGGUACCACCACUGGUCCCCACGACUCCAAGAUUGCCAACAAGCUUGAUCCUCGUGUUGACUCUGACGCCAGCCGUGUCCAGCAGGAUGGUUUGCAGCGCUUCUAA